AUGGAAGAGUCAACGCCGUCCGCGCCGCCAUCCUCUGGGCGCGCGCUUUCUUCUCCGUCGGGGGGUUCGCCACGCGCGGUGGGUUCCCCACGGGAAGGUCUACAGGAGCCAAGCGAGGCGCGCAACCGCUCUCCUUUAGCCUUCUUCGUUCGCCACCAGUUCGGCGACGAAAGCAACCGGCGCAUCUGCGCGCGAGAGUGGCGACACGCUGACUCGCCGGAAGAUGCAUGCGCGUCGGAGGGGGGGAUGCGGGGGGCUGGGCCGGGCCGCGGGGGGGAGAAGGCCUGCAACAGAAAGCGCUCGCGCAGGAAUAGGCACGGCGCCCGUGGGAGAGCCGACGCACACCACGCCGGCGCCCAGGGCCUUUCUACAGCCCCAUGCGGAGACACCGCGGCGAAUCCUUCGAGCCACUGCGCCGCUGAAGAGCCGCGGGGCGAUGCGUCUCACUGCCUGCUUGACGCGCGUGCGGGAGGUGCCGGAAAGGCGGAGGAAGGGCGAGCGUCUAAUCAAGGCGAGGAAGAGAAGGGCGCCGCGAGGGUGACCGCGCCUCUGGGUGCGCCAGGCAGUCUGCCGCUCUCCUCUGACGCGGCACCCACGUCUGGCGCCUCCCCCUGCAGCGCUGCUUCGACCUGGUCCUUCUCGUCUGCUCCAGCGUCGCUUUCUGCGUCUCCGCUCUCCUCAAUUAAUCGCCGUUUUUCGCUCGUGUAUCUCCACCCCCACCCCGACGGCGUCGUCGCGGCCCUGCCGCAACUCUGCGCGACGGCCUGUACGGCCUCUGAAGUCCUCCAGGCGGUUUGGGGCGAACCCUCCGCGGCAGAGCGGCAGGAGGACGCGGCGGCACGCGCCGCGGCGCAGGCGGGGAGACGCGAGGAGGUUGACACGAGGCAAGCGCCAGAGGCGAGCGCGGGCGGUGGAGCGGAGAGAGGAGCCGACGGAGGGAAGCAGAUCGCAGCAGAGAGAGGCCGCGAAGGCGAUGAGAGGUUGAGCUGUUGUCGGGCGCAGGGUCUGGCGGCGGAAGGCAACGCAGGUCUCAGCACGAAUGGGGCCGAAGACGGUCGACAACGGAGUGGCCUCUGCGCGCUGGUUCAGUCCUUGCAGGCGAAGGAGCUCGCCGACAAAGAAGACUGGCUCAGGAGAAGAAUGACCGAAAUCGGCGCCAUGACCCCGGAAGCGGCUGCGGCGCUCGUCGGGCGACCCGCCGCCCUCUGGGCUGCAGCCGUCCACAAAAUGAUGGAGGGAUACGUGGAGAAGCGAUUCCUCUUGCCGCCCGUGUGUCACGGCGCAGAGGAGGGGAAGCGACUGUCGUUGACGCUGCCGCAGGAUAAAGCUGCCGGCCGACCCGCUGUGAGCUUGCCGCCUCUCGCACUAGCCGAGCACUACGUCUUCAGGCAUUUCAACGGACUGGCGGUCGUCGGGCUCUCUGCGAAAGGUGUUGCUCCGACAGGCGGAGAUGCAGAUGCGAGGCAAGCCUGCACACGCGACGCGCAUGCCUCGGCGCCAGCGGAAGCUCUUGAGCGCCCUCUCUCUUCUUUCAGCAACUCGAAAUCGCCCGCGUCUGACGCGUCUUCCGCGCCGCGGACGCCGGGCGUCUUCCCCAUUCCUUCGCUCUCUUCGUUCGGCUCUGCUCACGCCUCUCAGUCUUCGCCUGCGCGCGGCUACGAGGCAUCUCGCCCGUGGUGGCGGCGCGUGCGUUUGUCGAUCCGCGACGGAGUCCGGGCGAACUGCGUCAGCGGCAAGAGGAAGCGAGGCGCGUUUUUCCUCCAGGGUGACACCCUGGUGGCGAUUCUCUCGUUCGAAGAGCGCGUGCGCUUCCCGCGGCAUGCGCAGGGGGAGGACGGGGAAUUCGGCGCGGCUGCCGCUUGCGCUGCCCACAAGCUCCUAAAGCAGUCAGGAGAAGGAUGCGGCGGUCGUGUGGGCACCGAACGUGGAGACGCAGAAGCAGAGACCCCGGGGGGUGCUCCAGUCGGCGCAGAGACAGACGCGAAGACGUGGACUGCUGGUGCAGCGGCCCAACGAAGCAACGCGGAUACCAGAGUGGAAAAUGAGCUUGAUGGACAGGAGACGCGCCGAGAAGGUCCACAGACAGCAAGUGCAAAGAAGGGCGAAACAGCGGACGUGCACACUGGGAAAACGGAGAGAGACGCUGCGCUUUCGUUGGGCGCAGGCGAAUCCGAACGCGCCGCAGGCUCGACGGCAUCCUCGCUGCGGCCUUCACCACUCCCUUCUCCGCCUCCAAGGGCUCACGAUGAGAAGCCGCAAGAGGCGAGAGAGCCUGAGGACGAAGCAGCCGAAGGGGGAGGGCAGGGCGAGGGGAAGGAUGCCAAGAUUAAGGCGAGAGAGAGACGCCGAGGCGGCCGGAAGCGAAAGUGGUCGCAGGCGGCGGAGACGGCUUUUUUCGCCUCAACGGAGAGCGCGCAGAAGCUAGAAAACGCAACUGGCCCAGCGAGAGGAGACAAAAAGACAGCAGAGGAGUCGCCAGAGGGAGAGGACGGACUCGAGGAGGAAACGAGAGUCGAGGUGGACGAACAAGGCAUUCAGUGGCAGUGGGUGCCUAGGCGGCUUCCGGUCUACGCUUGCGUUCGAGGCACGCUUAUUGAGUUCAACAACGCUGUAAUCGAACGGCCGGAACUCCUCCUUUCCCAGAACCCUGAACUUUCUUCUGCGCUGCAGAACCCUGAACUUUCUUCUGCGUUGUGGUACCCUGAACUUUCUUCUGCGUUGUGGUACCCUGAAUUUUCUUCUGCGCUGCGGUACCCCGAACUUCCUUCUGCACUGCAGAACCCCAAAGUCGCCGAAGGCGUGGCCCGAACAACGACCCGCAGCCCGCGGCUCCCGCCCUCUCAAGUCAAAGGACAUGACAGGGCGAAGUCCAUGGUAGUCGCUUUUUUCAACGAGCCUACAAGGACUUUUAUGCUCGAAAAAAACCGUUUGGGGGCAGUCAGGUUGUGCGUCAGCCUGAUAGAUGCCGCAUAA